AUGUCAAUGCAUUUUUCAGAUUUAUUAGUAAACAAGUUUUUACAAAAAAAGAAGCCGGUAUGCCAGAAAAGUAUUUUCGAAAUCCUUUUGAUGAUUAUUCGAGAGAGGUGGCAAAAGAACUUAUAGAAAAUAAUUUGGUUAGUAAAAAAUGUAAAAUAUCUUGCAAUUUAAGUGCCAAAUGGCAGGCAACAUUAAAUAAAUGUCAGUGUUUAGAUUACAAUGAUUAUUCAGUGUAUACUGGAACCUCCGGUAUUGCUUUACUGAAAUUAAGAAAAGAUCCUGACAAUGUGGAAAUCCUACAUGAGGCUAAAAAUUUGCUGUCAUUGAACAGACUUCGUAAUAGGAGGCAUACAUUUCUCUGUGGCGAUGCUGGACCACUCUCAAUUGGUAUCGUUGUAAACCACAAAUUAGGAAAUAAUGAGGAGGUAAAACAACUCGCUGCAAGACUAAAAUCAUUAGAAAAAGAUGUAUUACACGUGCAUUCUGAUUUACCCAACGAAUACUUAUAUGGACGUGCAGGCUACCUUUUCGCCAUUCUGUAUGCUAAUAAAAAUGUAGUACCUCCACCUUUUGAUGAUAAUUUCAUUCGAUCGGUAAUUGAAGCAAUAUUAAUUUGCGGCCAAAAUAUGGCUAAGGCAGGUAAAUUUAAGUGUCCAUUGAUGUACCAGUGGCACGACAGUUAUUACCUGGGGGCAGCGCAUGGACUAUCUGGCAUUUUAUAUUUGCUUCUCCAAGUGAAGGAGUAUUUAACACAGGAAGAGUUGGAUGCUCUCGUUAAGCCUACUAUUGAUUAUCUUAUCACACAAAGAUUUCCUAGUGGUAACUUUCCUUCUUCUCUUGGGAGAGACAGUGAUAAGUACGUACAAUGGUGCCAUGGUGCUCCAGGAUUUUUAUAUUUAUUCACAGCAGCAUAUAAGGCAUAUCAUGACUCCAUGUAUUUACAAUUGGCCCAGGAUUGUGGGGACGUAAUAUGGGAAAGGGGUUUGCUAAAGAAAGGUUACAGUAUUUGUCAUGGUGUGUCUGGAAACGCUUACUGUUUCUUGGAAUUGUACCAGACCACAAAGGAAGAGAAACAUUUGUACCGUGCUAUAAAAUUCGCAGAAUGGUGCUUAGCCUACUCUAGAGAGCAUGAAGAACAUCCCCCAGAUCGUCCUCUGUCUCUCUAUGAAGGUAUUGCAGGACCUAUGUAUCUGCUCCUGGAUAUCCAGAAACCAAUGGAGGCUAAAUUUCCUGGUUUUACUUUAUAAGGCUGUAUCUGUAUAUUAAAAAAUGUAAUGCUCUAAUGCUUGUGAAAUUUAAGGUGUAAAAAUACAAGUUCUCAAUCCGAUGUUUUAUCUAGGUGGUAACCUUCAA